AGAUAGAAGACCUGGUAAAAAAAGCAACCCUUGACAGCUUUUUUUUAUACUAUUCUGCUUCUUCUUUUUUUGACUAAGGAUAUUUUUUCAUUUUUUUUUUAUAUAUAUCUUUCUUACCUUUUAAUUUCAACUGUGGGCGAUUCUUUUCCUUUUUACAAGACUCAACUUCUUUUUAUAAUUGACCCUGAAUGUCGUUGUCAUUAGUUAGACAAGCAACGAACCAAAAAGCGACAGCGUUGAAACGAGCUUUCCUUGUCGGUCGCUAUAACCACAUACAAUGCACAAGUACUCUGUUGCGACCUUACAACCACUAUAGCACUGCUGCUACGGCAACCGCUCCUUCUAGCAAACCCGAGCGAGAACAUAUCAUCUUACCUAAUCCUGGUCUCAGUACCUUCAAAUCAACCGCUCGUGUAUUACCCUCUACCGUAGCUGAACAGUUUGCCAUCUUAAAGGCAUGUAUCAUGUCAGGUAGUAUGGAAAGAGCUGAGCGUAUCAUGAUCGAACUCUACAAAUCAAAGCCUGAAGAAAUGAAGAUAUUUGCCGAUGUCAAUAUUUACAACACUUUUCUGAAUGGAUUUGUCGAAGCUCCCUUAAAGCCAAUGACCAAACAAUGUUUGAAUUGGUUCGAUAAUAUGAAAUCAUUUGGUAUCAAUGCGGAUCCCAAUACUUAUGCCAUCAUCGUAAAGGGCUUUUUAAAGGUGAAGAGUUAUCAUACCGCAAGAGCUUUAUUGACAGAAAUGACAAGUGCGGAAGGAAUCACAGUGGAUGAAAUGUUACAAUCAGAAUAUUUAACCAAGAAUGACGUUGCCUUGUUCAGAGAGAUGAUUGCUGUGAGUCAAGGAACUACAGAGGUAAACAUCGAAAAGUUUCUCAAGGAAUUAGAAACCGCUACCGAUAAAAUUUUGGGUCCUCGUGCCGAACCCAUUAUGAAGGAUGUGGCCGCCACAACCAGCACGGUUGCUGAGCCCAUCGAAGUCGUUCCUGAAGUCAGACCUACCAAAUCCGUCGGUGUGCACUUCUUGCAAGAACAAUUAGCCGCAUUAAAAGAUCCUCAAAGUUCGGCCAAAAUGGAUCCUUUCGAACUUCAAUUGGGCUUGGAACAUCAAGGUUAUGAAAUGGCCUUGCAGAGAUUGUUACACAACAAGGAACAAAGUAUCGAAAGAGGUGACACAUUGAACGCCAUGCAUUUAACACCGUUGAAACGUAUCAUGUGGCAAUGGCAUCAAAAUAUGCUGCCUUUAAUCGAGGAUGAAAUUCAGAGAUGUGAUGCUGCUACCGUGAGAGAGAGUGAUCGUCGUGCUUACGGUCCCUUUUUGAAGUUAUUAAAGAAGGAAACUUUAUCGAUUGUUACAAUUUUGGAAUUAUUACGUCUUCACAACUCUUCCGGUAUUGGAGAUGGUAUGAAGACCGCUCGUGCUAUCAUUGAUGUCGGAAAGGCGGUAGAAAUGGAAUACAAUGCUGUACAAAUCAAGAAGAAGAGUACACAAGGUACUUUGUCUAAGGAUAUCACCGGUCAUAAUGAUGCACAUACCCUUUUCGCCAACGGUAAAUUGUUCAAUAUGGCUGUCAGAAAAGCACAAACAAAGGUCGAAAACGACAAGUUGUCUAUCCAACAAGGUGGAACUGCAUUGGCUGGUACCGAUGAAUGGAACCCUGUUUGGCCUAGUACCAUCCGUGCCAAGGUUGGCUCUGUCUUGACAAGUAUCCUUUUGGAUGCUGCUAAAAUCCCUGUACCUAGUAAAGAUCCCGAAACUGGCUUGAAGAUCACUGAAAAUAUCCCCGCCUUCUUUCACACAUACCAAUACGUCCAUGGUAAACGUGUAGGUAUCAUCAAGUUCUCUGAACAAUUGACUCACAUGUUAUCGCGUGAACCUGUACGUGAUACCCUUCAUCCUCGUCUUUUGCCCAUGUUGGUUCAUCCUCGACCUUGGCUUUCUUACAAUUCGGGUGGUUACCUCUCUACCAAAUCUGUCUGUAUGAGAAUUAAGGAUUCUGCCGAACAAUUGAUUUAUCUUCAAAAGGCCUCAGAACAAGAUCAUUUAGCUGACGUUUUAGCCGGUUUGGAUGUUUUGGGCUCUACCCGUUGGAGAGUCAAUAAGGAUGUAUUUAAGGUCAUUUUGGAAGUUUGGAAUUCAGGCGAGCCCGUGGCCGAUAUCCCUCCUGUCGUAAACGAACAUGCCGUUUUGCCUCCCAAGCCCGAAAACUACGAUACCGAUCCUAAGGCCAAAUUUAACUGGGUGACCGAAGUCAAGCAAAUCCAAACCACCGAAAGAAACAACCAUAGUUUAAGAUGCGAUGUCAAUUAUAAGGUCGAAACCGCGCGUGCCUUUUUAAAUCUUCCCAUGUUUUUCCCUCAUAACAUGGAUUUCCGUGGUCGUGCUUAUCCUAUGCCCCCCACUUUGAAUCAUUUGGGUAAUGAUUUGUGUCGUGGUUUGCUCCAUUUCGAUGAAGCCAAGCCUCUUGGUGCUCGUGGUUGGAGAUGGUUAAAGAUUCAUUUAGCAAAUUUGCACGGUUAUGAUAAACAUUCAUUUACCGAGAGAGAAGCUUACACAAUGGAAAACAUUGAUAAUAUCUUGGAUUCUGCUGAUAAACCAUUAGAAGGCAAUAAAUGGUGGUUAAAGGCUGAUUCUCCAUGGCAAUGUCUUUCUGCUUGUUAUGAAGUGGCUGCUGCUUUCCGUAGUGGACAACCUGAAGAAUUCAAAUCUCAAUUACCUAUCCAUCAAGAUGGUACCUGUAACGGUCUUCAACAUUAUGCCGCUCUUGGCGGUGAUUUAGCAGGUGCGCGUGCUGUCAAUUUGGCCGCUGGUGAUCGUCCUGCUGAUGUCUAUACCGGUGUUGCAGAUUUGGUGAAUAAGCAUAUUGAAAAGGCCGCUGCCGAAGGUGAUGAGAGUGCUAUUCUUUUAAAGGGUAAUAUCAGUCGUAAGGUAGUCAAGCAAACAGUCAUGACGAAUGUUUACGGUGUCACCUUUGUUGGUGCUCGUGCACAAAUCGAAAAUCGUUUGAAGGAACAACCCAAUAUCCCUCGUGAAAAGGUUUAUGGUCUUUCCGGCUAUUUAGCCAAGGUUGUCUUUUCCUCUCUUGGUGAAAUGUUUACAGGUGCCCAUGAGAUUCAAGAUUGGUUAACGGAUUCUGCUCGUCGUAUUGCCAAGAGUGUUCCUUUGGAGACUUUACAAGAUGCUGGUUUAGUCGCUGGUUAUACUCCACCCGCAGCUGCCCCCGAAGAUGAAACUACUAAGAAAACAAAAAAGAAAGCAGGAAAGAAGAAUCAAAUCUUUUCAGCACGUAACCCUGCCUCAAAUCAAAUGACUUCAGUUAUUUGGACCACUCCUCUUGGUUUACCCAUCGUUCAACCUUACCGUCGUUCCGGUAAGAAACAAAUCGCUACCUUGUUACAAACCAUCUUUAUUGAAGAUCCCGAUGCUUCUCGUCCUGUCAAUGCCAUGAAGCAAAGUUCCGCCUUCCCUCCCAACUUUAUCCAUUCCCUCGAUGCUACUCAUAUGUUGAUGUCCGCUGUUGCCUGUCAUAAAAAGGGUAUGUCGUUUGCCUCUGUGCAUGAUAGUUACUGGACUCAUGCUUGUGAUGUUGACGCCAUGAACGAAGUCAUUCGUGAUCAAUUUAUCGAACUUCAUUCUCAACCUAUCAUGGAGAACCUGAUCACCGAAUUCAAGGAACGUUACAAGGAUUACAAGGUCCCCCAAAGCGUGCUUAUUAAUAAGGGCCCCAGUGCCGAGGAAAACGCAGAAGGAGCUUCGUUAUUCGGCGAUGUGUCAAUAUUAGACAAAGAGUUAGAAAAGGAAAAAGCAAAGAAGGAUUCCGAAAAGAAGGAUGCCCUGAAAGCAUUAUUUGGACUGGGUGGUAACGAUAAUGACGGAGAAGGAGAUGAAGAAUUAGAAGAGGAAGCAGAAGAAGAAGAAAAGCCCAAAUCAAAGAAGGGUUCUCAAAAGUAUGAUCAUACCUGGGCUCCUUUAUCAUUUAGACCACUCCCACCAAGAGGUGAAUUUGAUAUCAAUGAAGUGAAAAAAUCACCAUACUUUUUCCAUUAAAUGCCCACACAAACUCAUUCACACACACACACACACACACACAAAACCAUUAUCUAGACCUGUUAUUAUAAUAUACAUCAUAUAUUCCCCAGACUCCCACUCCCUCUUUCACAAACACACAUUGCGCUUUUUCAUUUUUUUUUAGAAUAAAAAAAACAUCUGUAAAUUACU